AUGCUUCAGUUAGUCCCGUUAGGCUUUGGGCGUCCCCGCGUUCCCUCGCUCCCUGCCGCCCACAGCAGCCAACCAGCGGUCAGCGUUCGGCUUAUUCAGCGGCUUCUUCUUCUUUCGGCUAUCGGAGGGCAAUCAUCAGAGGCUUGCUACAUAGAGUCUCUCAUUUUCGAGUCUGUCUAUCUUGUUCACAAUAAGUACAUUCUUUUGGGAUCCAUCUACGAAGCCGUUCAUUUCGCCAGACGAUACAUGGCUGCUCUGCAUAGUCUUCUGUUGCUGCCGGCCCCGCCCUCCCCCGCAGUGCGUCAGUUGAAGGAAGUCUAUGGGCCGGCAUUGUCGCAUUUAUUUUCAAGCAUUGCAGCUCAGUUAAAGGGCUCCAGCGAUAUAUAUAAGCUUGAUGUUGCACUGGUCAUUCCUCAGCUCCUGUCCACUCAAUAUCACCCCCGAUCAAAGGCCUUUGCUAGUAUCCAGAAACUCCUGGCCAACUUCUACACACUGGUGGGAGCUAUUAGCGCUGAGAAUGAUGUAGAGUUGGAUGCACCAGGAGGCAUUGACGUUCGCGUCUUUUUCGUCGAUAACACAGAAUAUGAGCAGGCCGAAAACUGGAAAAGAAUACAAGGGCCUAUCAUUGAUUUUAGGACAUUGGCAACUUCACAGCGGCCCUGGGAUCAUGUUUACGUCCCAAGCACAACCGAGGGAGAGCUUCUAGGAGCUGCUCUGUCAACGCAUGGGGUUUCCAUCGCUAACACCAAACUACCUGUUGGCACUACUUCCUCUGCAGUAGAAACGAUCAUAAGUUCCGACGAGGAGCGAUCUACAAGCCAUGCCGCAGUCAUUGUUGGCGGAACAUUCGAUCAUCUUCAUCUUGGACAUAAGUUAUUGCUCACAGCUACCGCGUUAACACUGGAUGUUACGAGAGAUAAGAAAGUUCUUGCAGUCGGGAUAACCGGCGAUCAGAUGCUCGUGAAUAAGAAGUUUGCAGAGUAUCUAGAGAGCUGGGAAGAGAGAAUGCAAGGAACGGCAUCAUUUCUACGAGCCAUCGUCGAUUUUAAUCCUCCGGAGACUUCGUCUGCUGAUCUCACGCGCACAGAGCAACCAGGUCCGAAUGGCAAACAGGUUUCGUUUCAGGUGGCGCCAGAUACAACUGUCCGGUUGGUACAGAUUGAUGACCCGUUCGGCCCAACCAUUACAGAGGAACAAUUUAGUGCUUUGAUUGUGUCAGCAGAGACACGGUCCGGCGGACAAGCCGUCAACACGGAGAGAAAUAAAAAAGGAUGGGCAUCGUUAGAAGUGUUUGAAGUUGGUGUCUUGCAAGCGGGAGAAGCACAAGAAGUGGCGGAUACGUCAGCCAGUAGCUUCGAGUCCAAGAUCAGUAGCACUGACAUUCGACAACGUCGAAUGAAGAGUGCGGCUAGCAAUCUUUAA